CUGCCAGGGCGCGGGCGGCGGGGAAGGCGAGGGCGGCUCUGGCCGCUCGACAGAAACUGCGCUCAGUCCGUGCCGCUGGGCUCGCCCACCGGCGGGGAAGCUCCGGGCGGGGCCCUACCUGAGAAAGAACUGCGGCCAGGAAUCAGACCGCGUGCGUCCGACCCGGGAGCCCACUCCCCGCAUUCAAUUACUAUCAUUUUGGUCCUUCGUGGAGAACUUCUUGGGCUCCUUCCGGAGGCUUUUGUAGGAGCAGGAAGGGAGGGGGCCGCGCUGACCUCUUCUCUCUCACCUAGCACAGAGCUUCCCUUUCAUGUGGAAGUAUCAGCCCUCCCUGACCCGACAGACCCCAGGUCCCGUGAACACCCUCUCUUUCAGGUCCCCUGAUCAGACUGUUGCCAGUGCCUACUGCUCCUGCGGCGAGGUAGUCCCGGAUCCUGGCUGGUUUUCUACUUUGGAAAGGGUGCCAGAACUCUCGCAGUUCUCAGAAAACCUCAGGGGGGAAGAGGCUGCUGGAGGCGACAAGCUCAUCCAUGAUCGGGACCUGGCCUGGCUGCAGCAGGCAGAUGUGGUCGUGGCAGAAGUGACCCAGCCCUCUCUGGGGGUAGGCUAUGAGCUGGGCUGGGCCGUAGCCCUCCACAAACCAGUCCUGUGCCUGUUUCGCCCAAAGUCUGGCCGAGUGCUCUCAGCCGUGAUGGGAGCAGCUGAUGGCUCCAGGUUUCAGGUGUGUGACUUGCCAGAGGCAGAGGUGAAGGCAGUGGUUCUUCCCGAGCAGGUGGCUGCCUCUCCUGACCCAACUGUUUGA